AUGGUCUACGCUGAAUUGGGGGUCACAAUACCACGCUCAGGAGGAGAAUAUAUUUAUAUUCUGCACUCAUUUGGGCCUUUGUUAGCAUUCCUCGCUUUGUGGAUAACUUUUGUGUUCAUUGGCGCCGCAAGUUCCGCAGCCAAUUCUCUAAUAUUUGCAGAAUAUCUGCUGCGUCCGUUUUACUUCGAUUGUGAGAUUCCACCUGAGGCCAAGAAAUUGGUUGCUGUCCUUGGAUUACGUAACGUUAGCAGCUUCACAGAUGCAUUUGAAGACAGCGCAACCUCUCCCAGUGCACUGGCGUUGUCGUUUUACCAAGGAUUCUGGGCGUUUGCCGGAUGGAAUUACCUCAAUUUUCUGACCGGUGAAGUGAAGAACCCCGCCAAGAAUCUACCGAUUAUUAUAAUUAUUUCCCUGACCAUCGUCACCAUUAUCUACCUACUCGCAAAUGUUGCCUACCUCGCCGUCCUUUCACCGUUCGAAGUGUUGUCUUCGGGUGAGGGCUCGGCUGCUGUGGCUGUGGCCAUGUUCGCCAUCCCGUUCCAAAUGAUCCCGGACAUUUUCUAUCUGAUCGAAUUGACCGGAUUCGCGUUCUCCCUGAUCUCAGCCAUCGCAGUGUGUAGUCUGUUGCACAUUCGUCGAACCAAUCCAGGUCUGAACACGUCCGGCUUCCGCCUACCCAUCUUUUUCCCCAUCCUCUACCUGUGCAUUAAUAUCGCCCUCGGAGUGCUCACAGUCAUCGAUUCACCCGCCAAAUCGCUCCUCAGUCUGGCAAUUAUGUUGGCCGGUGUGCCAAUCUAUUUGUUUGGAGUCGCCUGGAAAAAUAAGCCACGUACAUUCCAAACAAUGAUGUACACCUUCACAGUCGGUGUUCAGAAAGUGCUUUUUGUCGUUCAACCGGAAUCUUCUCCAACUGAAGAAACGGUCGAAAAGAGUCGGAAUGAUAUUCAGCUGCAAGAAUCUUGGACCACAUCUCCAACUCCAUAA